AUGGAGACAUCCAACCUUACGCUCUUACUUCUCUACCUCGCCAUACCGUCUCUUCUGAUAUCCGCCGUGCAGCAAAUCUUGUCAUGGCGUAAGAAGACUGCCUUGGUGGGGUCUUCGGGGAGCAAAGCCAAGUUCCCCGGCCCGCGCCAGUUUCCCAUUGUUGGACGCAUCCACGACCUGCCACGCUUCUCGCUUUGGCUCAAGUUUAAGGAGUGGGCAGACGAGUUUGGCCCCAUCUAUACGACUUCGGUCCCGGACGCCACCUUUGUCAUUAUAUCAGAUGAAAAGAUUGCCGAGGAGCUCUUGGUAAAACGGGGACACAUCUACUCCGGGCGACCGCAGAUCCGGAGCUUGAUUGGCCAUAAAGAGGGAGUGGUUUAUAGUGCUUUGAUGGAUCGUCAUGACACCUGGAAAUCGCAACGCAAAUGGGCUCACGCCGCCAUGGCCGCUGCCUACAAGCACCACUUCUACGGGCACGUUGAGUCGGAGAUGCGCCGCUUCCUGGUCGUGCUGCUUUUCGAUCCGGAUCGCUUCCUCGACCAUACGCGCGAGUAUUGUGGUCGUGUUAUGAGCCGCCUAGCCUGGGACGACGCCACGCAGGGCCGCCUGAACGGAGAGAGCGCCGACAAGACUCUGCAUUGCAUGUCCGUCUCAGGACCUAUUACCAACACCAUGACGCCGUUGUGGUCCUUGCCGGCCAGCAUUAACCCAUGGUACAAGUAUGAAGUCAAGAGAGAGGCAGAGUUGAGGCAAUGGUGGUUGGGCCUGUUUAGGAAGGCUAAAGAGAGAAUGAGGAAGGGUGAACUACCAAGCGAUACGUGGGCAUAUAGGUAUUUUGAGCAGAUGGUGCAGAAUACGGCGCCAUCGAUGCCUGCCACCGCCAGAGCCCCAGGUCCGGAUGUCAAGAAUGCCGAGAAGUCCCCUUCCACAGCAGCUAAGGAGGAGGCAUACGAGAAGAAAGACGCACUCGACCAACCCGAAAAGGACGAGACGUUUGCCUCGUGCAUGAUCGGCUUCCUCAACCUCGUCGGCGUCGUCACCAUCUCGGGCCCGCUCAAGUUCUUCCAGAUGGCCAUGGCUCUGCACCCGGAGUGGCAACACAAGGCGCAAGCAGAGAUUGACGAGGUCUGCGGUGACCGUAUGCCGACCAUGCAAGACUUUGAGAAGCUUCCCAUUCUCCGAGCCUGCCUGAAGGAGACGGUCAGAUGGAGGAGCGGAGUCCCCCUUGGCGUGCCACACCAGGCGGAGAGGGAUGAUGAGUUUAGGGGCGUCAAGAUCAAGAAGGGCACAAUUGUUCUAGCUUGUGAAUGGACCCUCAACCGCAAUCCCCAGAAAUACCCAGACCCAGAAACUUAUAACCCAGCCCGCUACCUUGACCCCUCGUAUCCAACUUUCCAGGCCCCCCUCACGCGGUACCCCAACUUCCGCGAGGGAUCCUCGAUGCACUCGUUCGGCUGGGGCAGGCGCACCUGUCUCGGGCAGAACAUUGUCGACGACGAAAUGUUUGUCUUUGGCGCGGCGCUUCUGUGGGCAUUUGAUGUUACCCCAAAGACAUGUCCAGUCACGGGCAAAGAGGUGCCGAUUGACACGCAAAAGACGAAUAGUCAUGUCAUUUUGGAGCCGGUUGAUUUCCAGCUGGGCUACAAGGUGAGAGAGGGGAAGAAGGAGUUGAUCAUGGAAGGGGGAAAGGGAUUUUUUGGUAAAGUGUAGAGGUCGAUUGUAUCAUGGAAUCAUAAAGGUGGAUGAGAUGGUUUCUGACUUUCAGCUGUUCAUGUCUCUACGGUAGCGACUUCUUGGAUAGAUGGUUAAGACAUGGUUGGAUAUUGUGUUUAACGAGUAAGAAGGAGUUCUUUGGGAUCUUUGUUUGUGAGGUCUUACUUCUUUCUUUUCAUAAAAUCUGUCUCUACUAUCUACCUAGUGCUAUAGAUUUAACUUCUACUUUACAACAUCCCAUCCAUUAUCCUU